AUGUCAUACGGAAACGAUCGCUACGGUGGUGGUGACGACAACUACGGUGGCCGCAACGAAGGCAACUACGGCGGUCGCAACGAGGGUAACUACGGUGGCCGCGACGAAUACGAUGGCAACAACAGAGGAGGCUAUGGCGGCGGCGGUCGCCAUCAGGGAAACAACCAGGACGACUUUGGCGGACAAGGAUAUGGCGCCCAGGACGGCGGCUACGGCGGUCAAGGCAACUCCGGAUAUGGUGGUGGCCAGCCCCGCCGCGACGAUGACUCUGGCUACGACCAGCGCAGAGAUGAGCUGAGAAACCACGGACAGUCCGGCUACGGCUCGGUUGCUGGUCCUGGAGGCUACGGCAGGGGACAGGAAGGCUACGGCGGUCCCGGCGAGAGACUCAACUCCAACAACGAUUACAAUGAUGGCGACCGCUACAACAGUGGCAACAACGAAGGAGGCUACGGCGGCGGCAACGGUCGUCACGGACACUCCAGUGGCACCUCUUAUGGCGGUGUUCCCGGCGGCGAUGAUGACUACUCGUCUGCAGCUCACGUUGCAGCUCAGCACGCUGGCGACUCUGGAGACUCGAACCUGUUCAGCUCUGCCCUUAGCAUGCUUUCUGGUCACAAGGCACAGCAGGGAGACGUUGACGAGGACGAGGCCGUCAGACACCACCAGCAGUUCUACGGCGGAGCCAGUCAGCCCCACCCAGCCAGCUCUGGUAGCAUGGGCUCAGCCGCCGCCAUGCAGGCCCUCAAGAUGUUCAACCAGGGAGGCAGCUCUUCUGGCAAUGGAGGCAAGAGCCAGAACGAUUUCAUCGGUCUUGCCAUGUCUCAGGCUGCUAAGCUCUUCGACCAGCAAAGCUCUCAAGGCAACGUCCACCAACAAGCCUCAAAGCAGGAUGCUGUAUCCUCGGCCGCUCAGAUGGCCCUCAAGAUGUACAUGAAGAGCCAGGGUGGUGGUGCUGGUGGCAGCAGUGGAGGUGGCCUGAUGGGCCUCAUGAGCAAGUUCAUGUAA